CAGCCCGCAAGGAGAGGCUGUAAACAACACGCUCCAUAUGCACGCGUACGAAAACACUUUCUGCCAGCCUCCAUCGCCGUCAGCCAAAAUCCUCAAAACCAGAAGAAGAAAACCAGUGACACUCGAGCUCUAAAAUUCGAAAAACAUGUGUUCAUUAUCAACCCCCUCACCACCAAAACCAUGGCGAAUCAUUAUAAAUCAACCAAUCCCCAUGAAAGUCCCACCCGCCAACUUCUCCCCACACAAAAUCCCAAAAAGGCCCAUCUCCUGCCUCGCAUUCGAUCCGUCCAAAAUCGCCGCCUCCUCCGCCGCGCCGCCGCUUGUGGUGGUGGGCUCGGCCAACGCCGACAUAUACGUAGAGAUCGACCGGCUGCCCAGGGAGGGCGAGACCGUGUCGGCCAAAACCGGGCAGACGCUGGCCGGCGGGAAGGGCGCGAACCAAGCGGUCUGCGGCGGCCGGUUGCGGUACCCGACCUACUUCGUGGGUCAGAUCGGGAAGGACGCGCAUGGGAAACUGAUAGCAGAGGCUUUAGAGAGCGGCGGGGUCUCGCUGGAUUAUCUGAGCACCGUGGACGGUGCUCCGACGGGGCACGCGGUGGUGAUGCUGCAGGCCGACGGGCAGAAUUCGAUCAUCAUCGUCGGCGGAGCGAACAUGGCUUGCUGGCCGGAAGUUUUGGACAGGGAGGAUUUGGAGGUUGUGGAGAAUGCGGGGAUUGUUUUGCUCCAGAGGGAGAUCCCUGAUUCUGUUAACAUUCAAGUUGCUAAGGCUGCCAGGAGUGCUCGUGUUCCAGUCAUUUUGGAUGCGGGAGGAUUCGAUGCACCUAUCCCUCUGGAACUACUUGAAUUUAUUGAUAUCUUGAGCCCAAACGAAACCGAGCUUGCUCGUCUAACAAAUAUGCCAACAGGAAGUUUUGAACAGAUUAGCCAAGCUGUGGAGGAAUGCCAUAAAAUGGGUGUUAAACAAGUACUUGUGAAACUCGGAGCCAAAGGGUCUGCAUUAUUCACACAAGGAAAGGAAGCACUUAAGCAGCCCAUCAUAUCAGCUCCUAAGAUAAUCGACACAACAGGUGCAGGCGACACUUUUACAGCGGCUUUUGCCGUGGCUCUCGUGGAGGGAAAAUCGAAAACCGAAUGCUUGCAAUUUGCCGCUGCAGCUGCUUCACUCUGUAUUCAAGUCAAGGGUGCCAUACCGAGCAUGCCUGAUAGAGACUCGGUUUUGAAUCUUCUUCAUUCGACUGUUUGAGGACCACUCAGUUACAAAUAUACCCUUGAUAUAUGUUUUUCUAUUACAAAGUGCCACAGUAAAGACAGUAACAAUUUUGAGGGCAUGUUUGUAAUAUUUAAAGAUAAUGAACUCUUCUCCUUCAAAAGAGUACUCUUUAGCUCUUCAUGAGUAUGAUGAUGUAGCCCAGAUUUUUUUUUUUUUUUNUUUU